GGUGAUAAUGACCCGACCGCGGGCAGUACCGGUUCCACGCCUAUACAAGGUUGCCGCGUCUGUUUAUCAAGAUUUUAAUGCAGGGAAGGACAGUGUCAAGAAUCUAGUAUACCAAGCCAGGGACAAACAUCCGAACUUAAAGGCAAUAUUUGCGCUGGUUAUGGAGGCUUUAAACCACACCAAGGCUAUUGAAGCAGCAACCAAUAAGAUUGAGUUAUUUACUAAAGAGCCAAGAUUUCAGAAAGAACUGGCUUUUGUACUUAUCACAGAAUUGUUGUUUGGGAAGAAGGUUCUUCCCGGGAGAAGUAUACCUGUACUAACCCUGCAGAAAUAUAAAAAUCAACUAGAAAAUAAUCUGAAAGGAUUGGAGAACCUAUCAGGGCGGGAGAAGAAUAGGUUUCCUAAAUACGCGAGGGUCAACUCACUCUGCAACAGUUUACACAGGGUGGCACGUGAUCUGAGGGAAGAUGGUUGGUUAGAAGUUAUGUAUGAUAAAAAGAAAACAACAUAUGCUAGAUACCUGGAUAUGGUAGCAGAGUUGGAUGAAAGUAAUUACCUUGUGGAUUAUCAUCUAGAAAAUGUUCUUGUAUUCCCCCCUAAAUCCCAGCUCUACGAUCAUAAUCUAGUUAAGGAUGGUUCUUUGCUGCUUCAAGACAAGGCCAGCUGUUUACCUGUUCAUGCAUUAUCUCCCCCUCCAGGCAGUGUAGUGCUUGAUGCGUGUUCAGCUCCAGGCAUGAAAACCAGUCAGAUUGCAAGUUUGGUGUGUGGAGACUGGGUUGCCGCUAUGGGGGGUUCACCACCCCCAGGAGCAAAGGUUGUAGCAGUGGAGCGAAGUACCAAACGAUGUGGUCUACUCAAACAAAUAUUACAAAAGAGUAGGGCAGAUUGUGUGUGUAAGGUUAUAAAUGCUGAUUUCUUGGAAAUACAACCUCAGGAUUACAGUGAUGUUGAAUAUAUAGUCCUUGAUCCUUCUUGUAGUGGAACAGGAAUGAUAAACAGGAAUAGUCUAGAAGAUCAGGCCCCGACACUUGAAUCAUUGCAGACUUUUGCCAAUAGUCAGAUAAGACUGCUAACUCAUGCAUUAAGUUUCCCCAGUGUUAAACGAUUGGUUUAUUCCACGUGCGCUGUUUCAAGAGAGGAGAAUGAGGGUGUAAUUGAGCAUGUUCUAAAAGAAAGAGAGGAUUGGAGAACUUGCAUUGUUUUACCCAGUUGGGAGCGGCGAGGAGAAGGGGAGAUCGGAAAUAAUUUCCUGCGCGCUGAACCUACAUCUGAUCUCUGUAAUGGAUUCUUUGUAGCUGUGCUGGAACGGUCAACUUGUACAUCAACCAAGGAAUUGGCAAAUUUCAAGUUUAAAAUCAUGGGGGAGGGGGGGGUGAGGUAUCAUAUCAUAGGUUUUUUGGCGUUCUGAUUCCAUUCUGAUACC